CCGUGUUUUUCUUUGUGCACUCACACAUUAACUCAGGUUUUUAGCUUUUUUCGGCCACCCUCCUGUUGCGUUUAGACCACCCGUUGUUGUUUUUUGGUCGGAUUAGUAGGUGCUUCCUAAGUUUGCUCUUCGCCUCAACUGCAUUUUUUCUGUCGUCGAUCCAAAACGAUCCGCGCCUUCGUUACGUGUGCCCGUGCGUGCGCGCGCGCGUUUGCGUGUGCGUGAGGUAAACGAAAAAUGAAGACGGAGAGAGGAGGAGAGGAGGGACGAGUGAAAACGGGGAUUUUCGUCUGUCUAAUGCAGAGAUACUGUCGCUAUGACUGAAUAAACAGGGCGGUUAAAAACUCUCUCUGGUGGUCAGACGAGGCAGCCUCGGUCAGUCGUGACGCGCGUUGAAAAGGAGAAGGACACAGAGGGAGAGAGAGAAAGGGAAAGAGAGGCUAAAAAAGGAGAAAGAGAGAGAGAAAAAAGCGGAGAUAGAGAGGGGGAGAGCGCGCGCCUCGUGUCAGGUCAUAUGGAGCCCAACCGCAGCGUUAUGUUUUCAUAAGGCGGGCGUGAGGAUCAUACAGGAGGGAGUGCAGACGGAGGGGAAGAGUGAGCGCAGCCUAACGGGCUCCACGUCCCCGACAGACAGACAGGCUGGGUGUGUGUGUGUGCUGUAUGUAAGAGCGCAUGAGUGUGUGUCACCGAGACAGCAGCAGCAGUAGCAUGUCGAACCGAAAGCACCGGGACAGCCAGGAGAUCUGUGCCCGGAAGGUGCGGGAACUGGCGCAGAUUGGAGCCAACAAGCAGUGCUUCGAGUGCAGCCAGCCCGGGGUGACUUACAUCGACAUUACGGUGGGCUGCUUCGUGUGCACGUCAUGCUCUGGAAUGCUGAGGGGGCUCAACCCGCCCCACAGAGUCAAGUCCAUCUCCAUGACAACCUUCUCCCAACAGGAAGUGGAGUUUUUGCAAAACCAUGGCAACGAGGUUGGAAAGAGGACCUGGCUCUGUACUUUUGACCGAAAGACUGAUGGCUGUUUUGACACACGUGACUCGCAGAAGUUUAAAGAAUUUCUUCAGGACAAGUAUGAGAGGAAGAAAUGGCAUUUUUCUAAGAGCAAGGCCAGGAGGGAUGUGGAGGGUCCAUGGAGUCCAGGGGUUCAGCCUAUACCUGCUCCCCAUGGUCCCGCUCAGAGCCAGCCUCCGCCGGGACACCCCCUAAACCCAACCGCUCGCCCUACACGCACCCUGUCUCAGUCUCAGAUGUCAUCAUGGGAUAGAGCUCCAGCUGUGUCUCCAGCUGAUGUUCGUACGGAGGUGUUCACAGCUCGGCCCACUCGAUCUCAGAGCUUCAGAGACCCUCCUGUUAAAGAUUCUUUGUUAAGUGGGAUGGAAAGGCAGAGGCCAGGCACGAUUUCUCCAGCAAUGGGACCCCAGAGUCGCCUUCCCUCUUUCCCUGCCCUUCCCCGUCCUUCAGCAAGUAGCACUUUCAAAAACAGCUUCACGCUAGGUCGCACGGUAUCCUCAGGAGGCGGAGCUCCAUUCAGGGCCUUCCCUAAAUCUCUGAGCUUGGAUUUUGGGGGUCUCGGUCCCACACACAGUGCCCAAAACCCUCCUGCCCUACCCCCUGUCUCUCAGGAUAGGUAUGCCGCCGUGUCUCAGCUGGACAAGGCCUUUGCUGACAACACGCCUGCUCCAGUCACCUCCACAGCUCCCUCUUGUGGCCCUCCACAGUACAGCACCCUCUUUGGAAACAGGCUCUCUUCUAGUUCCACACCUGCAAGCUCUCCAGGUGUUCCAGAAGCUACAUCUGCUCCUCAGACAUUUGCAAAUUUCCCGAAUCCAUUCACCUCUACAGCCAGCAGCUCCCAGCCUGCCCUGUCCCCCAGCAACCCCUUCAACAGCACAGCCACAGGUGACUGCAGUACGCUCGUCUCACCCUCUCCCUCAGCUGUCUUCCCCCACUCAGCCUCCUUCCCAGCUCCCAGCACCCUGAAUGCUGUUCCACACGAGCCAGCCAAUAACCAGGAAGCAAACGGUUUCACCUCCUUCCCUGCCCCAGAGUCCACCUCCAAAGUCCAGCGAUCCAUGUCUGUCAACCCAUUUACUGGGAAUGUUUACCCCACCAGAGGAGCGUCACUGAACCCUUUCAUCUGAUCCCAGUGCCCCACGGCCAGAGAGGGAGCGAGAGACUGAGCGAGAGAGAGACAGACAGAGAAUGUGUGUGUAUAUAAGAGAGAAAGACAGAAAGCUCUUUAGAGCUGGUGCCAUUUCCAUGCCUCCAGAGAUUUCCCUCCUUCAGAUAAGGGGGGAAAUACACAUGCCUGCCCAUUUUACUGUGUUGGUUAAUGUGUGUGCAUUGGAGUGUAUUACUUUUGUCUAUGUUCCUACUUGUGUGUGUAUGAGUAUAUGUGUGCACCUUUGGCACCACAUGCUAUAAGUCAAAGCUUUGUGUGUGCAUGUGUGUGUGUAUGUGUGUGUGUGUGUGUGUGUGUGUGUGUGUGUGUGUGUUCAUUCAUUUAAAUGUGUGUGUCUGUGUGUGUUCUUGCCAUAUGUCUGAUGUGUUUGAUAAUAAAAAGCAUCUCAUGGUGCAAAAGCAAGAAGGCCAUUACAGACACACAUACAGCUGCUUUGACCUCCUGCUUCUGCCCUCUCAGUAAAACGUGUCUAGCCUUUAGCUUGUGUCCAAGCUGCAUUUCAGCAAAAAAACCCUACAGUAUCAAGUUCUAGGCUUUAUAGAAUAAAAGAGGGCAGCAGGUGACUUAAGCUUAAAUAUUCUUAAUAUGAGCUGUGCAUUUUUCCUUAGCUCCAAUUUGAUAGCCUUCUAUUCUCCAAUUUAAAGCAUGUUAAUAGGAGAGUGCUAAAAAAGGCUUUAGGCUUUCUUACGUAUUUGUGUAUGUAUGCAAGGCCUUUUCGUAUUUAUUUUAACAUCAGUGUUUUUUAUUUUAUGGUUAAUUUUUAGACCUCUUUUUUGUGUGUUGUCAGACUGCAUGCGCUUUGUGAGCGGAAAGCUGUUGGAUGUACAGCAAGUUCAUUGAUUUCAAAAAGUGUUAUUUGUGUUACUCAUGUUUAUAAUAUUCAGGACCAAAUAUCGUCAGGUUUCAUUAUACAUGAUUUUUUUUUUCCUGUCUCUUUUUUUAGACUGAUUUGUUUAGAAUGUCCUUACGAGAAGCAUCCGUAUGCAUAAAACUGCUCUUCAUAUUUGUUUUGCGUCAGUGUGUACCUAAUGGUGUAUUGUACAUGGAAACAAAGCAUCACCUUGAAUUUGCUGCUUCAGGAUUUUCAUGCAAUAUCUAUUUUUUAAAAUAGCAUUGGCAUUUAUAUUUUUUAAUCUGUGGAAGAUCAUCAUUGCAUUAUGAAUGUAUUUGCACUUCUUUUAGGGCUUUAAACUGGAAAUUAAAAAGAAAGCUAUUACUUUCACCUUCAA